UCGUAACAAACCCGCCCGGUCGACCGCCGGCUCGCUUUUGUGCGUUUGUCUUGCGUUGCGUUUACGUCUGUGUUUGCCCGUUCCUUUGCGUUUCUGAUUUCAUUUUGCGCGACCAGCGCACUGUACGAAAGGGCACCGAAACAUGCUCGCGUGAUUAACACGUGCUGUGUGGUGUUUAUUUUUGUUUUACAAAUUUACAACACGUGAUUGCUUAAGAUAUGCCGACAGUUUAGCUUCUUCGUUCAGUGGAUAUUUUUGAAAAAGGUAGUGAUUGUGAAAAUAUCAGUUCCAUUUAUAAUAUUCCAAGCGAAAGAAUAUGUGACAAACUACUACACAAUUUGGUUUUGUUCUUUGAGAAGCUUCAACGGUGCUGUGUCAUUGCAAUUAAGAAUUAAUUGUGCCCAAAUUAAUGUUGAAACAAGCGUGACGGUGACUAGCGAUGUUUGUGUUUAUGCGUCUGAUAGCGAAAUAUAAGGCCGAAAGGAAGCGAAUAAAGGAACCCAGUUUAUGUACAAAUAAUUACUCCCUGGUAUUUCUACCAGGAAAGAUGGAAAAUUAAAACAGAAAUAAAAACCUUGAAGAAGUAUUUUAUUAUUAGACAGAAUGUGAAGUAUAAGCUAUUCUUCAUAGUGGAUCGUUCCGUGUUAAUUUGAUCACACCUAACUGGUUCAAUAAACAAUCCCCGCCACGACCACAUUACUCGGAUAAUCAUGCAUAAUUUGGAUUCGUUUUCACGAAACAUUGUACUCAUACUUUUGCCGAGCACAAAGCACAAGAGCUUGCUGGCAUAAUUUCCUACCAUGGUGCAUACUUCGUGACAGCAUGCUAGUUGAAGUGUGUGUAUGCUGUGUACCCAUCGCCCUUAGCUAAAUACGGAAUCAUAUGGUGCUGUCCGGCCAGAUGACAAGAAGUGCAACAUCGCAUAACCGAGCCUAACAGCGAUUAAAGCCACUAUCUAGAGGAAUUUCUUCAUCACCUUCACCAGUGACGUGCGUGUAGAUGCGAAUUUUUGCUCUGUACUGACCCACAGAGCACAUGCCACAACGGUGUCCGAGCGUGACCCUAACAUCGGGUUUACCCCCAUUAACCCUGAGCAGGCCAAACAUCCCAUUCCACCAAACCGCAGGGACGGCAAGGUCGUCCGAUUAAAGUAGAACGCCAGCGCCACGAAAAGUCAUAAUCGGAUCGCUCGGGAGACGAUGGAAACGAUUAAGAGAGAAAAUAUACAGCUAGGUGAUAAUAGAAAACUAGUGGCCACAAUGGGCGGCCCACUACCACCAAUGAGUGGCAGUAGCACAAUCGUCGUCCGGUCACCACCAACACAAUCGCCUUCGGAAGCGCUACCACCGCAGGCGAGUAUAGUCGAGCCGAGUGUCGUCAAUCCGGUCACGUCACUGUUUGAGGUGGUCGACCAAAAGCCACCGAACGAGAAAUCAGUUCAUCCCCAGUCGCCGACGUCGCACCGUGCUUGGUUUCGGAAGUCCAACACUUGUGGUAGCUUGUAUGUACAGUGCGGAUGUACUGUGGAACCUGGCGAAGAUCCACACACAUUUACGACCACGAACCAAUCGUGUAGUGAUACCUCCUCGAGCUCGCAGCCCGAUCGACAGCAGCCGCGUACACGUCCCAUUUCGCUGUCCGAUAAGGAUAUUCGACGGAUUCGACCACGGCUCGAUAAACCUUCGUUCGUACACCCGGAUAGUCCAACGACCGUGUUUAGCGAAGCGAACGCGAAAGAUGCCUUGGUGAAGAAGGCACAUUCAACCCGUGCCUUAGUUCCCACGGCCCAGACAGCCAACGGCGACUACGAAAUACUGCACACAGCGACGGCACAUUCCAAACGUUUCUCGACUCCUGCCAUCGGCACAAGUUACGCCUUCCAUCCGGAGUUUGUGCUGCAAAAACUGGACCCGGAUACACCAGGCAACGGGUCGAGUUCUCAGCUCAUUCAGCCACCUUCAUCACAACCGGAAGCGGUGCGCAGUGGCUCAAAAAUCGUAUUUAAACAAAGAAGCUGCACCAGUUAUCCGGGGUUAGAAAGUACCGGACGCUUUCAAGGAUCCUUUUCGAACGCUUCGAGCAUCGACGAAUUGGGUACGGUGGGUGAAAUUGAUGGAUCGAGUGUACCCACACUUGGAUCACUGGAGGAUCUAGAACGUAGGCCGAGUGAGAGCUCACCUCAACAACAAUCACUCAACGUGCCCGACGACACUGGAGGUGGUACCCUUGACACUAGUGGACAUUGCCGAGGGGUGUUAAUUGAAUCAAACAGCAAUAAUACUGGCAAAGUUAGCAACGCGUGCGCGAUCCCAGUGCGAAAAGGGAGGGAACUGUUCGUGGACAAUAGUGGAAAGCUUAGCGUCUCCCUUGACAGUGGUCGUGAGGCGCAUCGUCGGGGCGAGGCUGCCCACCACCAUCAGUCGAUACCCGGUGGUGUUUGCAGUGCCGAAAACAGCCCACCAAGUCCACCAUCUCUGCUGCUGAGUCCGGUCAUACCGUCGAAGUUCGAUUGCUCCGCCAAGGAGUAUCUCAUCCAGUCCGGCAUACUCGGUCCAAUGGGUAAUGGGUCGUCGUUGCUCAUGCGCAAAACCUCCAAGAUUGUCCCUAACAUUGACACACCGGUCAAGGAACGGAUACGUAAGAAUUCGGUAAAGUUCUGGGGCAAGGUGCUUACCGAGGAUCGUAGAAAAUCACUUACCGGUCAGUGUGAUAGUUUGCAGUCGUACGGAAGCUCAAUGACGAUCAGUGGCACGGAACCGAACAGUUUCGAGGAGGAGAUCAUCGGCUUAAGAAAGUUGUUAAGGGCGCGCGAUGAUGAGAUAGACAAAUUACGCCGUGAAAUCGACAAGCUCAAGAGUGUACUCCAACAAAAAGCCGUCAACAGUCUCGAACAACCGAAUGCACAAUCUGGUCAGCAAAGGUUAACGCUAGUCAGUCCCUCCAACACACCGACGCACAAAGGACAGAAUGUGGCCGAAGGAGAACUAUUGUCCAGCAUCCAGGCGAACUAUGCCAUGGCCGGACAGCCCCUGUCGGAACUGUUUGGCAUUUCCGGCAACAGCUUUAAGCUACAUCAGAUGAAAUCCGUCAAAGGCAUCACAUUGCAAGCGAUGAAAAAGCAGGGAGUAUCGGGUGAAAGCUGUGAUCUGAUGGGUAGCCAAUCGAGCGACAUCAAGAUACCAAAGUACAAGAAAGAUUUCAGUGCGAAGCAGCUGAUCAAAGACGCAAUCAUGGAGAACGAUUUCUUUAAAAAUAUUGACUCGCUCCAGAUAAGAGAGAUCGUCGAUUCGAUGUACAGCCGCGAGUUCCGCAAGGGUGAAUACGUCAUUCACGAGGGUGAGGCAGGUUCGCAUCUGUACGUUUCCGCGUCCGGUGAAUUUGAAGUCAUCAAGGAUAGCAAAGUGCUGGGAGUGAUGGGUCCGGGAAGGGCCUUCGGAGAGCUGGCGAUACUGUACAACUGUACACGAACGGCAUCGAUAAGGGUACUUUGUGACUCCCGGGUGUGGGUGCUGGACCGACGAGUGUUCCAACAGAUUAUGAUGCGAACGGGAAUGCAACGGAUAGAGGAGAAUGUUAAUUUCCUCAAGUCGGUACCGCUGCUUAAACAUCUAAGCAAUGAUGUUCUUACGAAAAUUGCCGACGUCCUUGAGGUGGAAUUCUACCCUGCUGGAGCGUUCAUCAUUCGCCAAGGUGCUGCCGGAGACACAUUCUUUCUAAUUAGCCAAGGAACGGUAAAGGUGACGCAACGACUACCCGGCCGCUCGGUGGAAGAAGAAAUUCGCAUCCUCGUCCGUGGAGAGUACUUCGGUGAGCAGGCACUCAUUAGGGAGGAUAAGCGCACGGCCAACAUUAUUGCAAUGUCGCCCGGUGUCGAGUGUCUCACGCUGGAUCGCGAGUCAUUCACCAAGCACAUCGGUGACCUGUGCGAACUGCAGGAAAAGAACUAUGGCGACGAGGAACGUGUGCUAGCCUUCCGUAAUCUGGAGAACACUCACCCUUCGUUGGGAUCGUGUCAACCAGAGCUGCUGGACGUAAAUUUAACAGAUUUGGAGGUGGUAGGAACACUGGGUGUGGGUGGAUUUGGUCGGGUCGAGCUGGUUAAGCUGGAACGCAACGAUGACACACAGGUGUACGCACUGAAGUGUAUGAAAAAACGUCACAUUGUUGACACACGGCAACAGGAGCACAUGUACAGCGAGCGCAAAAUUAUGUUGGCGUGCCAAAGCCCAUUUAUCUGUCGGCUCUACCGAACGUACAAGGAUACCAAGUUUGUCUACAUGCUGCUGGAAGCUUGUAUGGGCGGAGAGGUGUGGACGAUACUGCGCGAUCGUGUUACGUUCGAAGACUCGACGGCAAAGUUUAUCGUUGCCUGUGUCCUGCAAGCGUUCGAUUUCCUGCACGCCCGCGGUAUCGUCUAUCGAGAUUUGAAGCCGGAAAAUCUACUGCUAGAUGCAAGGGGAUACGCGAAACUGGUUGAUUUUGGAUUCUCCAAAUUCAUUGGCUAUAGCAGUAAAACAUGGACGUUUUGUGGUACACCGGAGUACGUGGCACCGGAAAUAAUUCUCAACAAAGGACAUGACCGAUCAGUGGACUACUGGGCGCUGGGUAUCUUAAUACACGAGCUACUGACCGGAAUCCCACCAUUUACUGCAGCAGAUCCCAUGAAAACGUACAAUAUAAUACUGAAAGGUAUCGACAUGGUCAACUUCCCGAAGCAUAUGUCUCGUGCUGCCGUUAGCCUUAUCAAGCGACUCUGCCGUGACGUUCCAUCCGAGCGAUUGGGCUAUCAACGAGGUGGUGUUCAAGACAUCAAAAAGCACAAAUGGUUCCAGGGCUUCGACUGGGAUGGUCUGAUCGCUCUGACACUUAAAUCUCCUUUGCAACCGAACCUGCAAGGACCGCUGGACAUGUCGAACUUUGAUAUCUUCCCCAAAGACUUAGACAUUCCACCGGACGAACUGUCCGGGUGGGAUGCAGACUUCUGAGAGCUUCAGGCAGACAUCAUGCCACCAUAUCAAUCCAUCAAGUAGUGAUACAAAUAAUCUGCAAUACAACACACCUAGCAAUAAGUUGGUUAAAGCUGUUACGAUAGUGCAUAGGAUGCCUACAACACACAGAUAGCUAUUACAUGUACAAACGUAUGAUUAUUGAGCUGUUGUGCGUUCUUUAUUUGACUAAUUUGACUAAAAGAGAAUAAAAUUUCUAUUUCCUA